AUGAUUUUCAUAUUCAUUUCAUUGGCUGUUAUAAAUUUCAUGCGAAUAAUCCCAGUAAAUGCUCAAUGUCCGCUGUAUGAAUUAUAUUAUAAUUCCACACUUUCACCCAUAUGCGAUGUCAAUUGUCAGGAUUUGCAACGUCAAUGUCCUUUGUCCAGAGAACGACCACAAUCCGGUUGUUACUGUCAACCAAAUUAUGCUCGAAAUCUGCAACAGAAAUGUAUUCCAAGAGCGCAAUGUUCACACGAUUGUUUCCCCAAUGAACGGCCAAUUGUUCCCUGGGGUAAAAAUUGCGAAAACAUUUGUCGCUCAUCGUCGUCGUCAUCAUCAUCACCGACAAAUGCAUUCCCAUUGCUGCGGCUAUGCUAUCAUCCUGAGCAGAGACGUUGUAUUUGUGCUCCUGGGUAUUGUCGUAAUCGCAAUGGCCAGUGCCAAAGGAAUUUUCGCUAA